AUGGAGGCAGAGCGCAAGGCGAAGGUCGAUGCCGAGAGCGAGCUGAGCCUCCUUGAGGACAUGCUGCAGGAGGCAGUGCGCACGGCAGAGGCAGAGCGCAAUAUGGCGCAGCAGCCGCAGAGCAUGGCGGAGGCAGUGCGCAAGGCCAAAGUCGAGAUGGAGAGCAAGCUCGUGGAGGCCGAGCGCUCAGCACAGCACUUCGAGGGCAUGCUGCACGAGGCAGAGCGCAAGGCAGAGGUCGAGCGCAAGCUGACCACCCUGGAGAACUGGGAGUUCGCAGACGAGACCACAAAGUCGAUGGUUCGGCAGGCAACCCUCGCGGGCUACGGAGUGGCGCAGCUGUCCGAGCUCCUUAACGCUCUGCUGAAAGAGGCUGCUGGCUUCUGA